AUGGCUGAUAUCCCUCCACCAUCUGAUGCUGAGUGUAAUAUUAAGGUAGUUUGUCGUGUGAGACCCUUGAACAAUUCAGAAGAAAAGGCAGGCAGUAAAUUUGUGUUGAAAUUCCCAACUGAUGACUCCAUAUCGUGUGGUGGUAAAGUUUUUGUGUUUGAUAAAGUUUUGAAACCGAAUGUCACGCAGGAACAUGUCUAUACUGUGGCUGCUAAACCCAUUGUUGCUGAUGUCCUCAGUGGUUAUAAUGGAACUAUUUUUGCUUAUGGUCAGACAUCCAGUGGUAAAACCCACACCAUGGAGGGUGUAUUGGGUGAUGAAUAUCUAUCUGGUAUUAUACCGAGAAUUGUUAAUGAUAUUUUUAAUUAUAUUUAUGGUAUGGAUGAAAACUUGGAAUUCCACAUCAAGGUUUCCUACUUUGAAAUCUAUAUGGAUAAAAUUAGAGAUCUUCUAGACAUUACCAAAACCAAUUUAGCAGUACAUGAAGAUAAAAACAGAGUUCCUUAUGUCAAGGGGUGUACUGAAAGAUUUGUAUCAAGUCCUGAAGAAGUCAUGGAAACAAUUGAUGAUGGUAAAGCUAACAGACAUGUAGCUGUUACAAACAUGAAUGAACAUAGUUCUAGAAGUCACAGUGUAUUUUUGAUUCAUGUGAAACAAGAGAAUGUAGAAACAGAGAAGAAACUACAUGGUAAAUUAUAUCUAGUCGAUUUAGCAGGCAGUGAGAAGGUAAGAUUCUUUUUGUCAUAA